CACAUAAAUAUUGUGCUCCAUAACCGAGGCUAGUUGUUAUAACUUGUUUGUUAAGGACCGUACGUAGCUGUGAGAAAGCAGAGUGAGAGAACGAGUUGAAAACAUUGCUUGCCACCUUCACUCAUACACUCUCAACUCGGUGCGUCUUCUCCGUCAACUCAAUCUCUUCUUCUCUCUCUUCUACACCAUUUAGGUAUAGAUAUGGAAGCAAUAGAAAUUGUCCAUUUAUCUAGUGACAAUGAAGGGGGGGAUGACAUUGAAGCUGUUUGUAGUGCAAACCAAAUUGAGACUAAAACACGCCAACUAACCAAGCAUAAAAGUCAUUCUGCAAGUCAAAUUUCGGAAGAAAAUAUAGUUUCCAGUGGUCUUAGUUCUUGUCGCAGUGUUACAUGUGCAUCGGAAUCAGGAUUUUUGUCAGUGGAUGACAUUAGCCUUUCCAGUCCACAACCAAUUUCUGCAGCACCGCUAUGUAGAAAGUUUUGGAAAGCAGGAAACUAUGAUAACAGACUUGGUUCAAAAGUCAGCUCACAAUGUGCAAAAAACUAUCUUCAUGUCCAUCCCUUGUUCCUUCACUCGAACGCAACUUCACACAAGUGGGUAUUUGGUGCCAUAGCCGAGCUUCUUGAUAAUGCAGUUGAUGAGAUACAUAAUGGGGCUACUUUUGUUAAGGUUGAUAAGAUUUUAAAUCCGAAGGAUGGAAGUCCAGCAUUGUUGAUUCAAGACGAUGGUAAUGGAAUGGGUCCAGAAGCAAUGCAACGCUGCAUGAGUUUUGGAUUUUCGGAUAAGAUCUCAGAAUUUGCAAUUGGACAGUAUGGAAACGGUUUUAAGACUGGUAGUAUGAGAUUGGGUGCAGAUGCAAUUGUCUUCAGCUGCCACGUGAAUGAUAUGGUAUGUACUAAAAGCAUUGGACUUCUGUCUUAUACAUUCUUGAUGCGAGCUCAACUUGACAGAAUUGUAGUGCCCAUGGUAAAUUACAAGUGUAAUCCAUCAACCGGAUACCUGGAAAAACUAAAUCACCAGGAGCAUUUUAAGUCUAAUAUGUCCUUGUUGCUGGACUGGUCUCCAUUUUUAUCAGAAGCAGAAAUUGUGAAACAAUUUGAUGACAUUGAAAAUCAUCAUGGGACUAAAAUUAUUAUCUUCAAUUUAUGGUUCAAUGAUGAUGAGAAUUUGGAACUAGACUUUGAUACCGAUCCUCAGGAUAUCCUUAUUGCUGGAGAUGUCAAGAAGAUUGAUACGGUUCCAGCCAGGAAGAGAGUAAAUGAGCAACAGCUUGCUAACAGGCUUCAUCACUCUUUACGUGAUUACUUGUCCAUAUUGUACUUGUGGGACCGGGUGCCAAACAGUUUUAGAAUUAUAUUGCGAGGGCAAGUUGUGAAGUUUCGUAACAUAGCAGACGAUCUUACGGAUCAUGCCUUUGUCAAGUAUAGACCACACGGUGGUGGUUUAGAAGAGGCAAUAUUUGUGACAAUUGGAUUUCUUAAGGAAGCUCCUGAUGUUGACAUCCACGGCUUCAAUGUAUAUCACAAAAAUCGGCUGAUACUGCCAUUUUGGCCAGUUGUGAGCUUUAAAGGCAAUAGAGGCAGAGGAAUUGUUGGCGUGUUGCAAGCAGAUAAUGUUCAGCCAACUCAUAAUAAGCAAGAUUUUGAGAGAACUUCCCCAUUUCAAAAGCUUGAACUGCGUUUGAAGGAUAUGACAUGGGAAUACUGGGAUCGUUUUUCUCAUAAAAUUGGGUAUCAGAAAAGGAAGCGUAGAAAUCCUGUUGGCCUACCUAAUCCAUCAAUGAAGAAACCACUUGUUACAGAAAAACCAGUUGCACUGGAUAACUGUUCUUCACCUGUACCAAUAUCUAACGCACAAGAUGGAUCUGAACAAACAUCUCUUACGAAGAGGAAGACACGUGGAUUUACAGAUCAUCAUGAGAUGAAAAGGCAAGCAGUGGAAAAGAAUGUACAGACUACCGCAUCUCCUGCGGACCAGAUGGUAGACCAAGAAAUUGUGAACUUACUAGAAUUCAACAAGCAACUCAAUGCCGACUGUUUUGCAUUUGAGAAGAUGGAGGAGGAACUUAACCUUGAGGUGACACAGCUUAGGAGUAGACUCGAAGAAGCAAAGCUUGAGUAUAAUAGACUUUUGGACGAAGCAAUAGACUUAAAAUGUCUGGACUGAACUAUAUGCAAACAGCAUGAUUUCAAACUAAAGAAUAAAAGCCAGACUGCAUGAGCUACAGCUUAAUCGUGUCCAGUCCUUGCUCUCUUAAAGGUUUCUGGGUAUUUUGUAAGUACAUGGAAGUCCGCUAAGGUCUGCCUUUUUUGUAUAUGUGUAUAAAAUAGUACUCUGGAUACACACUAACUGAGCAAUUAAAGCAUAGUAUUACUAGACAUGUCGUUAUGGUUUCGUUUUCUGACUUUUUUCAUUAGCUCGAAAUUGUAAAUGUUGAAAAAUUAGCCUAAACUGGUAUAAAAUAUUAUAAAAACGAUAUGCUUGAGCUUUCCA